AUGCGACACGAGCCUACCUUGCUGGGCAUUCCGCCCGAGAUUCGUCGCAUGAUUCUCGAACAGCUCUUCCCACCAAACUUACAUCAUCCCUAUGAACUCAUCCUCAAUCGGCAUGGCCAGAUUGAAGUGGCGCUGGAGAAGCACGAGAAAAGUGUUCUCAUUGCCCUUCUGCUCACUUGCGAAAAACUAGCCCAAGAAACCAGACACGUUCUCUUUGCAAACCCAUUGGUCAUCGUCUGGGAUGAUGUUCCUGUCUUCGAAUGCACCUUCGGUCCUCAGAUUUCUGCCCAACUCCGUUCCAUCGAUAUCGUGUCUGAGGAGCGCGGCAACACUUUUGGCUUUGUCGCCUUGAUCAAGAAUUUGGCCUCUAAGUUCCCAAAUCUGGAAAAGGUCAACAUCUCCUUCAAGGAGACCACUCGAUUUCUGGCGGGUCUUUUCGAUUUAACGACUGCCAUCUGUCCUUGCACAUCCUUAUUCCAGGGCCCGCAGCUUAAGAUCGUCGUCCAUGAGAUUCCCCGUCAUCUCCUAGAGACGGAUUCAUAUCUCAACGAACUCCAUGUCAUCGAAGUCAGUGGCCCUCUUUCGUUGGAACACAUGGAGAUGCUCGAAAGACACACAUGUCCAACUGGUCAUUGCUUCAUGAGGUUGGACUGGGCUCACCCUACUGGCUCUGUACCAUCAAGUCCACAUUGGGAUGAUCAACCGAGAAGUUUUGGAUACUCCUGGCGAGGAGGUUGCGUAGUGCCUCCCGCUUCAGAGUUUGACUAUGGUCAGUACAUGCGAUCUGCACCAACGAGAGAUUUCCACGACUACCCUUUGGUGUUUGCGGACAAUCCAACCCCCUCUGCGAAACUCCGUCGUACAACGGAGGAGUUGCGAGAACACCUAGCAAGUUUCAAUCUUAAUGAAGCCAUUGGUGGUCCCCUCGAGACAUUGGACACGGAUGGCUCUGCCUCUUCAUCUGCUCAGCUACCCGUGUUACCCCCUGUCAGCACCGGUGUUCAGCAAGGCAUGUACACAUACAAUGUAAACCAUACCAACAACAACAAUCUUGCCCCUGUCCUUAUUCCCACCCCUACCCACAAUGCCAAUGGAGGGCAACAGCCUGUUCAGAGUAUGGUUGAUAUCACCCCUUCAACCUUCAUGAGCGAUGACGACGACAAUAUUGGUGGAUUGAUGUCAGAUGAGGACAUUUCUCACUGGAUCGCAAGUCAGUCCACAUCGUACAACUUCAGCUCCAGCCCCAGUUCCAAUUCCUGA